AUGUUGGAGGGGAUCAAAGCUGAAAAAGUUCAGUGGGAUGAAAAUCAGUCUGUUGUCGAAGCAAAAACCAGCAGCCAGAAGAUAUUGUGUCUCCUGGAAGCUCCCCAUCUCUCUGAUCUUCAAGAGAUCACGAAUGACGAUGUUAUUAAAAGACGCGUGUCAGGGGAUACGUUUGGCAAAAUUCUCAGUGCUUUGGAGUCCAAGCUAUCAAAGACUGAUACUCCGUUAAAAGCAAAAGGGGAAGAGACUCAGCCAAAAACCACAGCUGUUCAGAAGAAAGCACACGGCGAAGUGGUCAAACAGAAGAUCCCUCCAAGGAAGGUGAGGGCCCUCAUCAAGCACUGCCAACAGGAGCUGUUUAUUCUGGGACAGGCUCUUCUAUAUUCGUCCUUAUUUUGUUGUGAUGUGUACAGAUCCGAAAGUGGUAGAGGCCAUCCAGGUAGUGUCGAGACGCGCACCCUGGCUCAGAUUAACAGAAGUGCAGGAGAUGAGAGCAGAGUGUCAGUGAUCAUCACCAAUGCUUCCCACAAAGAUCUGGGCAAGUACGAGUGCCAGCUCAGCUGCUCCCAUGGCUCUGUCUGCCUAGACUACGUGCUCACAUAUGAAGUUUUAAGUGAGAUUGUGAUACCUGCAUCCCCAAAGAUAAUUUCAUCUAUGCCUGAAGAGUUGUGCAGUGAAGAGGAGGAUGCUCACUGCUCGAGGCUCUUGUUCAAAGAGGAUUUCCUGUCGGAUCAGUACUUUGGAGAGAACCAACCCAUCAGCAUACUCACAGAAAAAGUUCACUUUGGCGAGGGCAUGCAUCGGCGGGCUUUCCGGACGAAGCUGAAGGCGGGUCAGAUCCCCCUGCUGGUACCGGGACUCUCCUGCGUGCUCAAGGUGCACAACGCUAUCAGCUACGGGACCAAUAACAACGACGACCUGCUUCAGAAGAAUUUCCAUUUGGCUGUAGAGGAGUGUCAGGUCCAGAACACAGCGAGGGAGUACAUUAAGGCUUACACAUCAGCAGCUCAGUCUGUCGAAGCCUUCGGAGACGUCCCAGAGAUCAUUCCCAUCUACCUUAUCCACCGUCCAUCCAAUGAUAUCCCCUACGCAACACUGGAAGAGGAGCUCAUCGGAGACUUUGUCAAGUAUUCUGUGAAGGACGGUAAAGAGAUCAACGUGAUGAGACGGGACUCGGAGGCAGGGCAGAAAUGCUGCGCUUUCCAACACUGGGUCUACCAUAACACAGAGGGCAAUCUGCUGGUUACUGACAUGCAAGGAGUGGGCAUGAAGCUUACUGAUGUGGGGAUAGCAACUUGUAAGAAAGGGUAUAAGGGAUUCAAAGGAAAUUGUGCAACCUCCUUUAUUGACCAGUUUAAAGCUCUGCAUCAAUGCAACAAGUAUUGUGAGAUCCUGGGACUCAAAUCUCUCCAGCCUAAGGCCAAAAAGGUCUCGGCUGCUCCAAAACCCAAACCCCCAUCUUCUGCCGCCCCUAAAAAGAAGACAUUUGGGCCAACAGUGAAGAACAAGUCAUAGCAUCAGGAGAACAUUGAGCAAACGAUCUUUGUUCCUACUUGGACUUUGUACUUCAGAGUUUCCGGCAUAUAAAUCAAUUUGUUGGUUGUUGCAGAAUGCUGCAGCACUAAGGAGACAUUUUACUCUGAAAUAAGAGACCCUCAUGCAGCCAGAACCUGGUGUCUGAUCUGAACAAUUGAGAAAAAGCGUUGUAUUUAUUUCUGUGACAAUUUCUACCUGUAUCCUAGAGUUUUUAUUGUUCAAGUCUGUGAAAACUUGUGAUAUAUUUAGGUAAUACUUAAUCAGCUAUAAACUGUCAUGUCUUAGAGUGCUUGGUUGGAUAAUUUUCUUCACAAAUAGUUUAUUCUAUUUUUUUAAUUAUGAUCUCAAACUUUGAUUUAAUCAUUUUAAAAAAACAAAAAAUGUAUGCCAAUAGACAGUAUGUGUGGUUGCUUUGAAUUUCUUUGGAUUGUCUGGUGGUAAAGCUGAAAUUGAUUUCUUACUUGGAUGAAAAGCUUGGGACUUUUCCUCUGUGUACAUAUUAAAGUUCAUGGGAUAUAUAGA